GGAUGUUAGACAAACUAAAGAACAUUCUCGAUUUUUGUAGAUCGACCAAGCCUACAAGAAACCUGUAAAUGAUCAAGCUAUAUAUUUUAUAUGCCUAUGACAGAUCCAAACACCUAGAAAAGCAGCUAGCUGACUGAUUUUCACAUGGAUUCUAAUAGUGAAUAUGAGACAGAAGCAGAGACCAUGGUGUUUCGUCGGGCAAGAUCUUCUUUUGAAGAAUUAGAAUCUUCUGAUUCUAAGCCCGAGGGGAGGCCCCAAGCCAGGCCAGCUGCAGCAACAUAUCAUCCUCCCAAAGCACAAGGCCUUUCUCAGGCCAGCAGUGAUGGCUUGGGCAGGUCUCGUCGACUUCCUCAAGCUUCUGGAGUUUUAGGGAUUCCAAUCCCUUGGCCUCAAAAUGUUGCAGUUGCUGAAUCCUUUCCUGUUAUUCCUGCUGAUGUUGCCCAUGCUGCCCCUGCUGCUCCUGCUUUUGAUGGUCCUGGCGUGAUGCCUUCUCCUUUGGCUUCUCUUUCAGCCACGACCUCUUUGCCUGAACUAGUUAGAGAGUUUGGGCAAAUUGUAACGAAGCUGAGAUCCACAAGGCGCCCUUCUGAGCCUCAACAUCUUCAAGAUCAGCGCAGGAUCUUCAGAGAAUGGAUGCAGAGGGACUUUUCUGCCUUCUUUAGCCUUAAGGCUCUUCAAGAUGCUGAGAUAGCGCUCACUAAAUUAUACCAAGCCCACCAAAUGACUAAGGUGCAAUAUGAGUCCUUCCUUUCCUUCUUUGAAAAUCUAAGGGCCUUAAGGGAUCAACAUCUUAAGGCCGAGAGGCAAGCCAAAAGGGUCAGGUGCUACAAGGAGAAGCACACUCGGACCUCCACUACUCUGCAACAACUGGUGGAGGAGGGCUCGUCCAUGGAGGAUCGGAUAAUAGUGGUAGUUGCUGAGAUCCAAGAACUGGAGGAACAACUUUCUGCUCUAAAGGCUGAGCAGAUGACUCUCUCGAGCAACCUCUACAAGAAGAUAAAGGAAGUCAAGAAAGUAAACCACGAAGUGGAGGAGUCUGAAACCCAACUAGCCAACAGCAAUAUAGCUUUAGAAGAGCCGGGUUGUAUUUUUACCAUUAUGCAGACUUAUCAUUCUAGGAUAGCUGCCUUGGCUAAAGAUGUAAACUUGUUAAUUUAAGGCUUAUGUAUUGAUGAGUCGAUAUGUUACUUUAUAUUUUA